AUGAAGAGGCAAAACGCAAGGACUCUCGCCCUCAUCAUCAGCAUCCUCACCUACCUGGUGGUCGGAGCGGCCGUCUUUGACACCCUGGAGUCCAAGCAGGAGAAAAGUCAGCGGAGGAAGCUCGACGCCAGAAAAUAUGAACUCAUGCGCAAAUUCAACUUGACCAAAGAGAACUUUGACGAACUGGAGCUCGUCAUUCUGCAGCUGAAACCGCACAAAGCCGGGGUGCAAUGGAAAUUCGCCGGAUCCUUUUACUUCGCCAUCACUGUGAUAACGACAAUAGGCUACGGCCACGCGGCUCCCAGCACAGACUCAGGGAAAGUGUUCUGCAUGUUCUACGCCCUCCUGGGGAUCCCGCUCACCUUGGUCAUGUUCCAGAGCCUGGGGGAGAGGAUCAACACAUUUGUCAGAUACCUGCUGCACCAAGCCAAGAAGUGCCUGGGAAUGCGUCAAACGGAGGUCUCCAUGGCAAACAUGGUGACUGUGGGCUUCUUCUCUUGCUUGAGCACCCUGUGUGUGGGGGCCGUGGCGUUCUCCCACUGCGAGGGCUGGAGCUUCCUUCACGCGUUCUAUUACUGCUUCAUCACGCUCACCACCAUCGGCUUUGGUGACUACGUGGCCCUGCAGAAGGACCACGCGCUGCAGAACGACCCCCGGUACGUGGCCUUCUGCUUUGUCUACAUCCUGAUGGGCCUGACGGUGAUCGGGGCUUUCCUCAACCUGGUGGUGCUUCGCUUCCUGACCAUGAACGCCGAGGACGAGCGGAGGGACGCCGAGCAAAGGGCUCUGCUCUCUGGCGGCAAGCUCAGAGGAGAGGUGGCUCGUCUGGUCCCGGUCUCCGCCUCGACCUCCUCCACGCCUGUAGGUGACGACAGUGCAAAGGCUAAAGAUUUGAAAGGUGUCUACACUGAGGUGCUCCAUUUCCAGACAAUAUGCUCCUGCCUGUGGUACCGGAGCAGGGAGAAGCUGCAAGGCUCCAUCCCAGCCAUGAUCCCUCAGGAACUGACCUUCUCCGAUGCCUACUUGCAGCAGAACAGUAACUGUCCUCACUACGUGGAGCCUGGAUCGACAGGCUGUGUGUGCAGUCCACGUCAGUGCACAGACAUAAGCGCCAUAACGACAGGCCUACACAUUCUCUCUCCGUUCAGGGUGUUCAAAAGACGCAGCUCUGUCUAG